AUGGUUGAAAUAAACGUCUUUACAGACGUUGACAAUGUUCCAUCAACGCCAGGUGAUAUUACAUUCCCAAAGUCAAAUACAACUUUUAUCUGCCUAAGUUACGAUCGUGGAUUCGAAAAAGAUGAUGCAACCUACUUAAUUCCCAAGGUUGCUGAGAGGAUAAAAGCAUCUUCUAGAAAAUACCGGAACGUUUUCGUUUUAUUAUCUCUUAAGUCUGGAAAUUCUGUACCCUUAUAUGAGAUUCAGACGCGCCUUCUCUCUUGCUCAUCUGCCAUGACAAUACUUCCAAUUCACAACCUAAAAGAAGCAAUGUUGUUUUUGGAGGCGAUUUACAAUGCACAUUUAGCUUGUAAUUUGGUAGACAAUUUGGAUGAUCCAACAUUUUUCUUGACGACUAAUCGGUGGGUUUACUUGAUUUCCCAAAUGUCAACUGAAAGACUCCGUUUACAUGAUUGUUAUGUUAUGCAAGAAGGGCUCCGAACAAUCUAUAAUGUUGCUACGGCAACCGAACCACAAUUGCUUGAUUGCUCAUUGGAUAGAGAAACGGCAAAAUAUGUUAUAAGAUUCUUUGAAGAAAAUCGCUUAAUCUGA